UUAAACUUCAUCGAAGAAGAAGGUAACUGCAAUAGCUGGCUCUCUCUCCACCAGUCUACACUAAUGUUGACUGGAUACAAGAAUGUUUUCCAGAGAAUUCUGUCAUUGACCUGCAGAAGGAGCUACCACGAAAGCAUCUUUCAAACACUUGCUUGUUCCACUUUCUCUUCUCACUCCAAAUUGUCUGCCCUUCGCUCAUCCUUUUUUUCUGACCCCUCUCAUUGUAAUAUUAGGUCUUGUCAGCUUUCUACCCAUCUCCAUCAUUGCUACUCUUUUUCGUGCUCGCUUUCCCACUCUUCUCGUACAACAGGUCCAAUGGAUUUAAAGGAGGUUCUCAAGGUUCUGGAGGAGCUCGCCCCUCUAUCACUGGCAGAGUCCUGGGAUAACGUUGGCCUAUUAGUUGAGCCCAUUAAAUGUCGGCCUAUCAAAACCAUCCUGUUAACCAAUGACCUGACCGAUUCUGUCAUGUCGGAAGCAGAGGCCAUGAACUGCGAUCUCAUCAUCUCUUACCACCCCCCGCUGUUUCAUCCAAUCAAGUGCUUGGUUUCAAAGAACUGGAAGCAGCGAUUGGCUAUCCGGGCGAUUACGGCUGGAAUAGCAGUGUUUUCUCCUCACACCUCUUGGGACAGCGUCAAAGGAGGCGUGAAUGACUGGCUGGUUGGAGGAAUUGGGAAUGGCAAAGUUUCGGUGUUGAGUCAAGCCUUCAGUAGCGCCUCCCAGAGCCACAAACUGGAGUUUACAGCCAGGAGUCAGGAGGAGCUCAACACCAUCAUGGCAGAACUGAAGGGGACGAAUAGCGGUGUCAAUUUACAGCACACAGCUGUCAGCUCUGAAACUGAUGGCUUCUUCAUAAGUCUGAUCUGUCCAGACUCAGGGCUGACCCCCAGUGUUCAAACUCUGUUACAACACGCCACUCCCAGCCAGUCUCUCAGUAUCCUUCAAGUAAAAAAGCGUCCUCUCCCAGGCUACGGCCAAGGGCGACUAAGUGUUUUGGACGAGCCCGUAACUGUGGCGGCAGCCGUCCAGCGAAUGAAAUCACACCUAGGUUUGAAUCACCUUCGACUGGCCCUCGGAGCCCAGCAAACUUUAGAGUCCAUUGUAAGCACUGUGGCAGUGUGUGCUGGGUCCGGAGGCUCAGUAUUGAAUGGAGUGAAAGCAGACCUCUACAUCACAGGUGAGAUGUCCCAUCACGAGGUCCUGGACUCCGUCGCUGCGGGUGCCAGUGUGAUCCUCAGUGACCAUAGCAACAGCGAGCGUGGUUUCCUGGCCGUGUUCAAGAAGAGGCUGGCAGGGCAUCUGUCCAACUCUGUUACCGUGGCGCUGUCACGAGCUGACAGGGACCCCCUGGAGGUGGUCUGAGAUGCUUACAGUUUUCCCCAACUGGCAGCCCACAGACCGAAUCUAUUCCGCAGGUGGUUUUCUUAGCAAAUAAUUAAUACAUUCAUAUUUAGACAUAAGGCUGUAAAAACACAAGGAAAUCAACUAAGCAAUUUUUUUUGGGGGGGGGUGGUAAUCUGUUCCCAAGUAUUCCCACACAUAAUAGAGAUGUGAUCGUAUACUAAUGUAAGCAAGGUUUGAAAUGAUUGUUUAAGUGAAAUGUAUGUUUGGGCUUCUUCCUGUCUAUUUGCAGUCUACAAAUGAUUUGUAAUUAUGUUCCAACCUUCCCGAUCAUCACCUCAAGGAAAAAAAUAGGACUGUGUUUGAAUCUAGUUGAUGAUCUCUGCGUUAAAGGAUUUAAUAAAUAAUGCAAUAAGGAAAUGCAGGACUAAUGUAUACAACUGAAUAAGGUAAUCAUUUGGGUGAUAUUCAAAGUAUGCAUCUACAUCAGUGGUCACCACAGCAUUCCUAGUCAAUCACCAAACAAUGUAAAAAAAUAAAUAUAUAAAUCCUUGCAAUC